AUGGAAGAUUGUUUUCUCGAAGGAAUUAUCAAUUCACUCCACUUUUGUGCGACGUAUUUUUCCUGGAAAUUUCGAGAGCAAACGCAGCAUGGCACCUGCAUCACACUUGUCAUACCCGAUCGUACAUACGUACGGAGUAGAGUAGUGGUCUCAACAGAUAUCCAAGACACUCAUGUAUUGACCGCCUUCUUCGAGACAAGCCAGAAAAUUGGGCUUUUCAUGCGCUAUCGACCUGCAUCGCUGUCUCAUCAUAACCCCGAGGCCGAAACCAUGGCAUCGCCAUUCUAG